AUGACGAGAAUUACAACCAGGUAUAUAUAGCAGUCACGAUAAAAAAUUCGCCCUCCUCUAUUUUUAUCUACUUUGAGCAUUUAGCGUUCUUCAACUUGUGAUUUCAAGCUAGAUUUUACAAUGGCUUAUUGUGGACCAACUAACUACAGACCAAUAGCCGAGUGGGUACCUGCAUCUGGCGGUACUGUCCCACCUAACGCCAUCGAAGUUGGUUACGAUGGUGGCAACGUUGUCUAUGUUGGCCGUGCUCAUCAUCAAGGAGAUAACAUUCCAGGAAAGGUGGUUCCUCAACACGGAUCUUGCUAUGUCGCUUGGGGCGGACAAGAGCACGGAUAUCACCAAUAUGAAGUUUUGAUUGCCCCAUACGGCUCACAGUUGGAGUGGAGAUACGCCUCCGGAUCAGACAUUCCUCCUGGUGCAGUUCAGGGUGGAAACACAGCCGAGGGUGAACCUCUCUUCAUUGGACGAGCCAACCAUGAGGGCGCCAUGUGCAGUGGAAAGGUUCAACCCAGCCACGGGGUUUGUUACGUUGCAUAUGGUGGUGCAGAGCACCCUCACAAUAGCUAUGAAGUGCUGGUGGUGCGAACCGUGAAUCUUUAAAAACAUUAAGUUGUAAGGUGUGUUUGUGUUUUCACUACAAUUGUAUCUUAUCAUUUUGUAAAAUGGGAGAAUAAAUUCGUUAUCAGUUUGCAA